AAUGUCGCACGUGACGUGAAAAACAAAAAGUUAUAUGUUUUAGAUACUGUACAGAAUUAUAUUCGAUAAAAAAAAUAAUAUCCGACCAAGCGCUAACAAGUUGGAUCCUCUAUGGAAGUUAGAUAGAUCAAAGAGUAUCUUAUCGAUCUUAUAUACUUUUCAUGGAACUUAUGUAGAGUGGUGCAUUAUAUUUAUAUAGCUUCAGUAAGGUCUAAAGGACUCGUUACACAAGACGCUGUCUGCGGUCAGAUGAGCCAAUUUUUAUCAAGUCAAUGGUAGGACUUGAGCAAUGACCACAGAAAGGUAGGCUGAAAGACAAUAAAGACUAUGAUUUUGUGUGUAAAUCUUUUAACGUCAAAGCGGCGUUAUAAAAAUUGUAAACACUGACUCCGAAGUACUAUAAUAUCGAAUUUAAAACUACCUCAAUAUCCAAUGAGUGGUUUAUGAAUAUACCUACCUAAUACAAAAGCUACUUAAUUAUGGAUCGAGGAAACGAACUUAGGUUUAAAUAUCCUCGUUAGACUGCAAAUGAAAACUUUAUCUAAGCAUACAGGGUGUUGCAAAAAGGGUAAGUAUACUAAGCCUACGUGUACAGACUGUGCAGUGCAGCAUGUAGAUAUAGCUUGCUGCACACGUAGGUUCGGCUUAGUAUACCCUUUUUGCAACACUCUGUAUAUAAUUCGAGAGACACUCACAUUUCACACACUAUUGUUUUUCAUUUACGUGCAAUAUUGUGUAUGAUCUAAUUUAGAUUGAGCAAUUAAAUAGAAGUCAGUAAUUUCAUUGUCUCUGUCAACCCCUUCCUCGUUACUUCAUCGCUGAUCUUAAUCUAGAUAACGAAUCGCGUAAGCAUUCUUUUACUAUUCAAAAGCAAAGAAUAUAGCACUUGCGCAGAAACGAUACCUCCUUUUCAGAAAGCAACAAACAUAAUGUCAUAAUUAUAUUAUGUUAAUCACUUGGUGCAGUUACUACCCUACAUGGGUAAGUUACAUAUUUUUAAGUAAAAUUAAUCUAACACAUGAUAGUUAAGAUGACAAGGUUCCAUUCGAGAAACCCUUAUACAGUAUCAUUACUCCGUCCUGUGGGAUUACCACCACCGAACGUUAGCAAUUAAACAUUCAUCAAAGAUUCUUAUGCAGCGUCGCUUGCUUUCAAAUCUGACUUAACUUGUAUGGAUGUGACGGGCGAACGACGCUGCUUAGCUAAUGUUUCAGUGGUGGUACGGUAUCUGAAUAGAACUCUACCUCCAGCCACGUCUGCGAGCCCACAUCAAUGACGCACCAGCAGCCGCCGGCACGAACCAACAAUGGUGAAAGAUAAGUCCCCUGAUGUGCAUCGAGGUGUAAACCGAAAGUGCGGUGUUUACAUGCGAAACAGUACCGCAUCCCAGUCUGCGUCAGGCCAGCACCACCAACACUCCAGUUUGGGCUCGGUGGAAAAGCGAAACCACGCGGUCAGUUUUGAAAGUGAAUCUGAGUGGGUGCCGUUGCAUCGUAACCGUUGCGUUCGACGUUCGAAAUUUGGCGGCUACUUUUGAAUGUGGAAUUCUGGAUUUGACUGAGAAAUCAUUGAAGGGCUCAUGCAGUAACUGGAGCAUGCUACAAUGACUGUCCCCGAAAAGACAGAGGAAUGGAUUCUCGAGAAAACCUGGUGUUAUGGCUACUACUCGUGAUAUUGACAAGGGUUUCAGGGCAAGCAUCGCUAUGCCCCAGUCCAGAAACUAUACUACCCUGUAUUUGCACAAGCCGGAAUGAGGAUAUCCAAAUAUGGUGUACCCACAGCGACUUGCCUCAAGUCCUGAAAGGAGUUCAAAGAGUUGGCGACUACAUCAGAAAGCCUAUUGAUGAACUCAUAAUUGAAAACAACUAUUUACCUUCACUGCCAGGCAAAAUAUUUCAGAACGUAAAAAUUCUUAGAUUAAUGCUACGACAUAAUGGCCUAGAAAGACUAUCAGUCGGCUGGUUGGAAACACAAGAGUUGAAUUUAGUUGAAAUUUUCCUAGUCGAGAAUGAUUUGAAGAGUCUACCGGGUGAAAGCUUGCAGAAAUUGUCGAACCUUCAAGCAAUAACUAUCCAGGCACAAAACCUCAAGAGGAUUCCUGUCCUAGCGAAGCUUCCGAAACUAAAAUAUGUUAAUAUUCAGUCAGAAAACUUAAAUACUAUAAAUGAACACACAUUCGAAAACUUGCCCAGUCUUGAGAGACUUUAUAUUCACGGAAGUGCUAACUUACGGACACUAAAAGAAAACUCUUUUUAUAAUUUACCGAAGCUGAAGAAAUUAGAAAUUACGAAUUGUGGUGUUAAUAUUAUACACAUGAGGGCUUUAUCUCUUCUACCAUCUUUAAAAGAACUAUCAUUUAGUAGCAAUAAAUUAAUGGACGCCACAAUGGUUGGCAGGGCUACCAGAGAUUUGCCGAGCCUCUCAGCAUUAAAUCUAAAUGACAACGAAAUUGAUAAGCUAAACGAAGGUGCAUUCGUCGAUCAGCCGAUGUUAGAAAACUUAAUUUUGUCUAACAAUAAUAUUAACAUUAUUCAUCAUGGCGCUUUCCACAGAGUGCCAAAGUUAAGGGUGGUCGAUUUAAAUUAUAAUAGGAUAAACAGAAUACACCCCGAAUCAUUUCUGCAGCAAUCAAGCAGCGGUGUGGAGGAACUCAACUUAAUUGGCAAUCAGAUAACUCAUAUAUCAGAAUUCCGUGCUUUGUUAGAUGCUCUACCACGGCUCCGAUUUCUGGACUUGAGUGAAAACCUGCUCCAAGAGAUCCCCAGAGGAGCAUUAAGGGGUCACCCCAGCUUAGAACGACUGCAUUUGAACAAAAAUAACAUCAAAUUUAUUCAAGCUGAUGCUUUUGUUGCCAUGCCAGCCCUAAGAGAGUUACAUCUUAGCUACAACUCGUUGAGUGACUAUAAUGAAGGUCCAUUUUGGAAUUUGCCGGCGUUAAAAGGGUUGGAUUUAUCUCAUAACUUUUUUCAACGAUUACAACCGAAACUGCUGUAUAAUUUACCAGCAUUGAGAAGAAUCAACCUCAGUAGUAAUCAAUUGGCUAUGAUAGAUCCGAUUACAUUUAUUGAGACGCCGCUGUUGGAAUACGUCAAUAUAUCUGGGAAUUCUUUGGUAUCAAUUCAUCCGGCUACUUUUCGAAAUUUGGAAAAUCUGUAUGAAGUGGACGCCAGCGCUAACAAAUUAAUAGAGUUUGUGCCAGGAUUACCGCGAGGAUUAGAACAAUUGUUUUUACAAAGAAAUCAAAUCACUAAUUUGCCGAUGCCACCGUCACCUGAUUUUGAUCUACCUGCUUUAAGAAUACUGGAUAUUUCAAGCAAUGGAAUUCAGAAAAUUCCUCAUGGGUGCAUGAGAACUCUCCACAACUUGAGACGACUUUAUAUGAAAAGAAAUGGCCUUAGGCAAAUUGACGUAUCGACGUUUAGCGACCUAGAAAAAAUAGAGCUGUUAGACUUGGGAGACAAUCAAAUUAUAUCUGUUCACCCAAAGAGCUUCAAAAAUCUCAUUCGCCUAAAACAAGUCAAUCUCCACGGAAACACUAUAGAAAACUUUGAUUUUAUGGUUAUACAAGACAAUGCGGCAUUAUCCACCUUGGACUUCAGUAAGAACCGGCUAAAGACUAUAAAUCCUACUAUCGUAAGCAAUGCCCUAGAUGUUGAAGUUUUCAAUAUAUCAUCAAAUAGUUUGCUGGAACUGCCUGUUACACUAAAUGUACUGCCAAAGUUAAAAAUAUUGGACGCCAGUUACAAUCACAUAAAACAUUUUGACGGAAAUGUGCUAAAUAAUUUGAACACUUUGUUGGAAUUCAAAAUGCCUCACAACAGAUUGGUGGAAUUAAGAUCGGGAAGUUUUGAGGGUCUAAAAGAUCUCACUACAAUAGACCUAGACAACAACCAGAUAGAGAUCAUGCAUCCAAAAGCAAUUUCCAACCUACCCAAUGUUGUAUCGAUUUAUUUGAGCCGAAACCAUAUUAUCGAUAUUCCAGAUCGAGUAUUUUCUAAUCUACCUAAAUUGAGAAUAAUAGAGUUCCAAGGAAAUAGAUUACAGUUCAUAUCGCUAAGAGCUUUCGAAAAUGUUCCCUUGGUACAGUAUUUGAAUUUAAGUAAUAAUCAAUUAACGAGUAUCGCAAAUACAGGACUUUCACAGUUGAUUUCUUUAGAAGUUUUAGAUUUGAGUUUUAACAAACUAACCAAAAUAUCGAGGAGUUCGUUUCAGUAUAUGGAAUGGUUAGUUGAAGUCAAUUUAGAUAACAACAUGAUUUGUUCUGUGUCUGGCCAACCAUUUGACUACAUGCCGAGAUUAAAGGUACUAUCCUUAAAGAACAAUAAACUGGCUGCAAUAUCUGAAACUACAUUCGCAAAACUAAGAAAUAACAUAGCGAUAUUUGACCUUGAUGGUAAUCCAUUGAUAUGCAACUGUAAAUUGAUAUGGUUUAAGUCAUGGUUAUCUGAAUCCACGUCCAUAGGGCCGAAAUGCGCCGAUGGCACCUACGUAAAAGGUAUGCCCUUCUCAAGAAAUGAUUGCCAAGCUGUGGACUUGACUACUACAGACGAUGAUCCGCAAACCUGCCUGUCACAAGAAAAUGAUGCCCUGUUACCAAACUUGGCCACAUCGCAAGUCUUCUCAUCUUUAGACAAAAUAAAAGAUUACACGCAACAAAUCAAGGACAAUUACCACACAAAUAAAAUCAACAACAGACCGUCUCCAGAGGAAUCCGAAUAUUUCUACGACGAAUAUGUUGAUUAUCCAUACAACGACACACUUGUUGACGGCAUAUACAAUGACGUACAAAAUAACGUAAAUCGAUCAUAUAUUAGCGGAGCGGAUACUCCACUGGCGUCAAUAGUGGCUAAUCUUACAGCUGAUAACAAUAAGAAUACCAUUAAAAAUCCUGCAGGUAGCAGUGCGCCAAGUAGUGGCUUCACCUUCUUUGGAAUGCCUUUACCUACAAUAGAUAUGGGCAAGAUUUGGAGCACUGGUCGUAAAAUUGACUGGCCUGAUGGGAAAGGCCCACCCAAUGUUAAUACAUAUCCUCAAGACCCGCCUAAGUUUGAAACUGGAGGAUUUUCUCCUGUACUCCCAACAACUGCUGGAGGAUUCAUGCCAAUGAUAAAUAAUAAUCAAAAUGUCACAAACAAUAUUAUGGUUAUGGAAAAUGCUCCAAAUCAGUCCAUUAAAUUAUCGACUCCACUUAUAGAGACUACUACUCCAUCCAUCACAAAUGUCCAUAGUAAUAAAACACAUCAAAAAUAUAUGACAGAAAUUCAUGAGCUUGAGGCCUAUGUAGAUGAUGAUCACAGUAAACAUGUAGCUUACAAUAGAACAAAAAAUGUGGAAGAACAAAAAAUGGAUCCCAAAAAGUUGAGCAAAUAUAACCUUAUGGAAUCUAAUGUGACAAUAACACAGGUUACAGAAAAAGAUAGCAUUCUAAUAACUACAGAUACAACAAAUGAUAUGUCUUUACAGGGUUGGAUGGAUGCAACUACUAUUUCUUACUCAUCCACCCCUGUUACUGCUAAGCCACCAAUCAGGAAACAUGUGGACAGCCAGCCAUCAGCACUGUCAGCUAUUCUGAUCCCAAGUAUUGAAGAAAUUGAAAGAAGAAAUCAUACUAAAAGACCAGCCACCAUAACCAAAGUACAGUUGCCACAUAUUGAACAUUAUGAUUUUAGACAUAAUUACUCCCCAGUUAUAAAUAGGGAGGCUAAAACUAGGUUCCCUGAAAGCCUAAGUAGUAUUGGAAACACCAAGACAAGAAAUACAGAUGGCAGAGAAUGGUAUUAUAAUAAUUACAAUAAAACUAACUUAGAACCUUACAUUGCACCUGGAGUAAAAUUAAUGAAUAAUAGUAAAGUAAAUGUAGAGCCUACUGUUGUACUAAUUAUGUUCACAAUGUACUUAGCAUUUAUGUAAUUAAGUGAAAUAAAUACUAGUUAUAGUUCAAUAUGGAAUAACUAAAUUGGAAAGUUACUUACAUUAUUGUUAUUGACCAUAAAUGCACCAGUCAGGACUGAAACCAAAAAUAAUAAUAAAUAGUUUAUCUUAA